UUCAAAUGGAACCUUAAACAAAAGGGAAAAACAAAAAAUUCCUACAACGGCUAUCUUUGGAACUUCGCCCAAACAAGAGACUCUCUAUAAUAGUGAUUCUUGAAGGAUCCUCUCUCAGUUCAAUUCCUCAGAAUAUAGAAUGGAGUCUUGUACGCCUCCUCCUUAUCACCGAUCGAACACUCGUGUCGGUGUCGGUGUCGAAGACCAAGAAGCACCCUUUCCAAAUAACCUCUCUCUUGAUUUGGUUCUUCUUCCAUCGUCUCCGAACCCAUCUCCUGUCUCUUCUCCGAUCCGCAAAUCCAGGACCCGUUUAGCCGAUCGACUCGAAAUGGCGGCUGAGCCUGCUGCUGCGGUGGUUCGCAAACGGGGCAAGGGGAAAGGAGGGCAAAAGGGUCUUUUAGUUUCUGCCAGGAAUCCCCGGAGAUCGAGGCGAAGGUCGGAGGCUGUUGAAGAGAUGGUCGAUGAUGACGUAAAGCCUAGAAAACGGAAGACCAACGGUCGCCCUAAGAAGGAUAAGCGAAGCUUGUUAGCUCCUCCUUGUUCGUCAAAUGCUUGUCAGAGUGAUUUGAAUCGGAUCGGAGAGAUUAUCACUGAUUUGGUUAUGUGGAGAGAUGCUGCCAAAUCGACCCUCUGGUUCGGUUUUGGGUGUCUGUCUUUCCUAUCUUCUUGCUUUGCCAAAGGAGUCAACUUUAGCGUUUUCUCGGUGGCUUCCAACCUAGGACUUGUGUUAGUCUGCUGGUCCUUCUUGUCAAACACUCUUUGUCAAAGGAAAAAUGAUGACACGAAGAGAGCGUUCCAUGUGAGUGAAGAUGAUGUCUUGCGCUUAUCUAGACGAGUGCUUCCCGCAGCCAACUUUUUUAUCUCGAAGGCUAGUGAGGUUUUUUCAGGAGAACCAUCAAUGACACUCAAAGUGACACCAUUUCUGCUACUUGGAGCUGAGUACGGCCAUCUCAUAACACUGUGGAGGCUAUCCGCAUUUGGUUUCUUCCUCAGCUUCACCAUCCCAAAGCUGUAUUCAUGUUACACCCAUCAGAUUAGCCAAAAAGUUGAAAGAGUGAAAACGAGAAUAGGUGAAGCAUGGGGAGUCUGCUCUCACAAGAAGAUCUUGGCCGCCUCUGCGGUCACAGCGUUUUGGAACUUGACAAGCAUAAGAACCCGAAUUUUUGCAAUUUUUAUCAUCCUGGUGAUAUUUCGGUAUAGGAGACAGAAUCUAGAGCUAAACCCCGAGGAAGACGAGCCUGUUGAGAAUGAGAAGCCAGAAGAAGAAACACUUCCACAGGAAGAAGAAGAAGAAACACUUCCACAGGAAGAAGAAGGAGAUUCAGUUCCACAGGAAGAAGAACAGAUACAGCCAUCAGAAGAGCGAGCUUUAGUGACGGUGGUUGCAGAAACUGAAGGAUCAAAGAAACUCUAGUGUUUUGUACUUUGUGUCUCAUUACAUUACAUUUAACAGAAAUGCAAAAUUAAAUGUCGAGUUGAUGUAAUAGAGAGAGAUAGA